CGGGCGCAAGACGUUUUUGAAGCGCGGCUGGCUGAACGACGGAUGAGCGAACGACGGCUCACUUGACCGCAGUGGUAUACGAGGAUAGAUGCGCGGAUGAAGAUGCCAGUUGCUCCUCGAUUAUGUUUCCUGGUAUUAGUUCUACUGUACCGUCCCGGGACUGCGGCAGAGGUGUCCGUAUGGAGCGUGGACAUCAACGCGACAGAGACGCACGUGUUUCGGAAGACGCUGUACGCCAACACCACGAUCUACAUGACGUUCCAGGGUGACCCAGCAGCAUGUGAUAGAAACCUUGUCUUCAACGUCACCUGGUAUCUUCGCUCUUCAGUUUGCUACAACGAGGUCUUUAAUACGCCGGACAGCAAAGCGAUAAACAUGUGUGGCAUGGUCCACAUGCUGAAAGACAACUGGAGCGGCUUCUACAGUCAGGGCUACAUGUACUUCGACAGCUGCUCCUCCCUGUUAACGCCAAAGGCUUAUUAUAGUGACUUUAACUCAUAUCAGCCACUCGCUAGUCCAACGAGCGACGCAUCAAAUCAGAGCCUCGUUUGGCCAUACAAGCCCGACAUCAGUGCAGUGUCCACAGCCUGGAAGGACAGUCCUUACCUGUUCAUAGUGAACGUCCAGAUGCUGCUCCGAGGACUUGAGGAGGAUUCCAUACCGCCCAAGUUUGCGUUUACAAUGAAAGUGGAAAUGAAGGGGCCACAUGACUACUCCUCCCCAGCAGACUGGCCCUUGAUGAUGUUCUUCAUGGUCAUGUGCAUUGUAUACGUGCUGUUCGGGGCCCUCUGGCUCUUCUGGUGCGCCUGCUAUUGGAGGGACCUGCUUCGAAUCCAGUUCUGGAUCGGUGCUGUCAUCAUCCUCGGCAUGCUGGAGAAGGCUGUGUUCUACUCCGAGUACCAGAACAUCCGCUACAAAGGAGACUACGUUCAAGGCGCUGUGAUUUUCGCUGAGCUGCUUUCUGCCCUCAAACGAUCUCUAGCUCGAAUCUUGGUCAUCAUUGUCAGCCUUGGCUAUGGCAUAGUCAGGCCCAGGCUGGGGACCACUGUGCACCGGCUGGUAGCUGUCGGGCUCCUCUACCUGCUCUUUUCCUCUGUGGAGGGUGUCCUGAGGGUGACCGGCGGUUUUUAUGGGACGGUGGCCCUGGUGGCUAAUCUCAGCCUCUCCCUCAUCGACUCCUGUGUCAUGUGGUGGAUUUUUAUCAGUCUGUCUCAAACUACUCGUCUGUUGAAGCUCCGCAGAAAUGUGGUGAAGCUCUCUUUGUAUCAGCACUUCACCAACACCCUCAUCUUUUCUGUUGUCGCUUCUAUUGUGUUCAUCAUCUGGACCACCAAAGUCUUCAAGCUGGUAGACUGCCAGACGGGUUGGAGGGACCUGUGGGUGGACGAUGCCUUCUGGCGUCUCCUGUUCUCCACCAUUCUGCUGGUGAUCAUUGUGUUGCUGCGGCCUUCUGCUAACAGCCAGAGAUUCUCCCAUUCUCCUUUGAUUGAUGAGGAUGAUGAAGAGGAAGAAGCCAAGGAGCCCAUGCUCAAUGAAGCGUUUGAAGGGAUGAAGAUGCGAGGCUCAAAGCCAGAUUCCAAUGGCUCCCAGAAACUGCUUAGUAAAGAGGAUGAAGAUCUAAAAUGGGUGGAAGAGAACAUCCCCACAACUGUUGUUGAUGUAGCUCUGCCUGUUAUGCUGGAUGAGGAAGAGGAAAUCCUGAAAACCAAGCUGGAGCGAUCCAAAAUGGAGUAGAGGCGAAUGAAGUGAUUUCACUAAGGCAGCAAUGAAUGCGUUAUGGUUGAUCUGAUUACCAAAAAUGUGUGUAAAGCCAACAUUUUUUUUUGUUCACACUUUAGAGUUUUUAUUAGGUUUAUUUUAUAGGUAUCGUCUAUACUGCCCUCAGAGAAUAAGUGUGUUACAUAAAGGCACACGUACAGCUCUGAGGUGGGUGGAAUGGUUGUUGGUGUCUAGUCUCAUAUUCUGGUUCUGGGUUGAAAAUGAAGCAGUUAUGUGUCAAAGCAUGUGGGUAUAUUGUUUCUUUCUAAUAUGUUCAUCGGCCAUUGCAACCCAAAAUCUAGUAGACUAGAAACUGGGUGUUUCAACACUCUUAUGAUGAAUUCAAUGCCUAACGUAAGGAGGAGUCUUUACUCAGGUGAAGAUGGGAAAGUGAUUCCUAAGCCAGUUCAUAAUGCAAAGAAUGCCCCAGCACCCACCUAAGCAGUCACCUUUCGACGACUGUAGAAAGUGAUUUGGAUCUGUUCAGGUAUCACAAUGGUCGGCACAGCCACAUUUUCAUGUCAUAGUCAACUUGAAACACUAUCUUAUUGCAUUGAAGGAGUUUAUAUUAAAGCUAAUUCCGAGUUUAGAUCUCCAGGUUAUCCUGUACAGAUUGACUGUGUCAUAACCUUAAAGUAGAAACUGCUGUUUUCAGGAUGUUUCAUUAUGAAGUAGGUCACAUACUGUAUCCUCUAAAAGAUAAAGCAACAAACAACUACAUUGUCUGGUUUACUUAAAUGCUUUAAAGCUUUUACUUUAUUUUCUCUACCAAAAUAUGACAUGUGUGUCUGACUGUUAACACACAAGUAAGACUUUGCUGUGUGGCUAACUGAGAAUCUUAAAUAUAAAAAUACAUUAUAUUUGCUACUAUUACCUCUAUGUUGGUGAUUAAUGAUACUUGAAUCACUUAUCAGGGCAAAUGUGCUCUGUCUGUAUUUUGGUUAUUAAUUAUUGUGGAAGAAAUGGUUAUUUGAGCUGUGACAAUGCUAUGAUCAUCUUGGUCAAAAAACACUUACUGUAUCAUCUGGUUAAUAGACACUGACCACAACACUAAAUUGUCACUGUUACGCAGAACACUACAAACAGCGAGAAUAUGUAUUGAGGAAUUGUUUUGGAUCUCAAAUCUUUCAACUGACCCUUAUUUAUUUUCUGGACUUGUGUUAUAGCGUAAGUGGAAGGGAUGUUUGUUUUCACCAAGGAUGAUUUCACAACCACUUUGUAGAGUGUGAACAUUAUAGCUGCUGAAUCCUCAUCACUAAUGUGGUGGAGGCCUAACUGUGACGUGUUAUGUGUAAUCCUUUGUCCCUUACCCUUCACUACCAGGAGCAAGUUUAGUGAAGGUUGUCAGUAGCACAGAGUAAUUCUAAAAUACAAUAUAACCCUAUGAAGUCUAUCUCACUGCAAAACACUAUGCCUUAUGAGGCAAAAUCAUAUUCCCGUCCUUGUGUGUGCAAUCUACUGAGGUAUGUGUGGAUAUUCUAAAUUCUUGAACUUAUGUUUGUUUUUUAUGCUGAACCAAGUCUUGUUUGAAGUUUGAUUUAAGAGAAGAUUAAGCCCAAUUUCUGGAUGCAAGUCUGCAUUUUAAUGUGUUACUGAUGAUAUUGUAUGGCUUUUUGUGUAUGUCCUGCAAAUAAACUUUAUAUUUAAACAUGA